AUGCCCGGGGAAGAAUUACGCGCCGCCGCCACGUCGUCACCGCAAUUACAGCCUCCGCCGUCCCCGAUGGACGCCGCUGAAGACGGCGGCGACGAAGAAGCCCAGGUGUGGGAUCAGAUUAAGGCGGAGGCUAAGCGCGAUGCAGAAGCGGAGCCGGCGCUAGCCAGUUAUCUGUACUCCACGAUUCUCGCUCACCCUUCUCUGGAGCGUUCUCUGUCGUUUCAUUUGGGGAAUAAGCUGUGUUCUUCGACGCUGCUUUCCACCCUGCUUUAUGACCUCUUCCUUGAUACUUUCUCCAAUGACCCUAGCCUCCGUUCGGCCGCCGUCGCCGAUCUCAUUGCUGCCCGGGUUCGGGACCCGGCUUGCGUGUCGUUUUCCCACUGUCUUCUUAAUUAUAAAGGCUUCCUCGCUUGCCAGGCCCAUAGAGUAGCCCACAAGCUCUGGAGUCAAUCUAGAAGGGCACUUGCCCUGGCUCUCCAAUCUCGAGUUGCUGAUGUAUUUGCAGUCGACAUUCACCCUGCAGCUAAAAUCGGCAAAGCUGUCCUCUUUGACCAUGCAACUGGAGUGGUGGUUGGCGAAACUGCAGUGAUUGGAAACAACGUAUCGAUCCUCCACCACGUAACUCUUGGUGGCACAGGAAAGUUUGGUGGCGAUCGACACCCAAAAAUUGGUGACGGGGUUCUGAUUGGUGCUGGGGCAACUAUACUAGGCAACGUAAAGAUAGGAGAGGGUGCCAAGAUUGGUGCUGGAUCAGUAGUCUUGAUAGAUGUUCCUCCAAAGACGACAGCGGUUGGAAACCCUGCUAGGUUGGUGGGAGGAAAGAAUAAGCCCAGACAGCACGAUGAAGUGCCUGGAGAAUCCAUGGAUCAUACAUCUUUUAUCACCGAAUGGUCUGAUUAUGUGAUAUGA